AACCAAUCGUAGUCUUCUUUCGUCAUCCACCAAAAUGAGCAAGAAAAAGCCGAAUAAACUUGCAGAUAUAAAUGCCAUACCGGAAGUUAAUCCGCCGGAACUGGUGCUAAACACAGAUCCAAAAGUGGUGACCAAGGCGGCCGAGUUGCUGGAGCCAAUCAAAACCGAAGUGGUGGAAAAGAACCUCGAUACUGUGCUAGAGGCUGUGAAAAUCGUCGACUUGACAUGCGAUUUCAAAGGAUGCAAGCAAAAAACCAACCUCGUUGGGACGGACUGCUCAUUUUGUAAAGAUCGCUUUUGCUUCAAACACAGCCUUCCCGAAAUCCACGGUUGUGGCGAAGCAGUAAAACGCAAAGAACGAGAACUGUUUCUCCAUCCGAUGACCGGUAAAGCAAAAGCGGAACAGUACGAAAAGCAGAAAGCACAGGUGCGCCUAACGCAAAAGUUAAAACAGAUGUCACUGGAGCGAAAGCAGAAGCCCUCAUCCAGUGGAAGUAGCCGUGGGGGCAGUACCACAAACACCAGAGGAGCUUCCUCCGGAAGAGGCAGAAAUCGAACCAACAACACGUGAGGUGAUAUCGCUUUUGAAAAAUUAAUAUUUAUUACGAUCCUAAUAGUAUAAGUAAAUGUUAUUCAACGCAAUAGACAAGCAACAAUAAACCGACACUCUUUAGCUGUCUGUAGCUGAUUGAU